CGCCAGUAGCCAUUUUGUUUUCCGCAAAACUCGGAGAAAGUGGUUGUUGCAAGGAUUUUGCAUUGGAAAAUCUACUGAAAAAGCCCCAAAGCCCCAAGUAAAAUUGUCAUAGGAUGCCCAUUUGUACUGUGGUGAUUGAUAUUAUUUAGUUUGUCGGUGCGGACAAUUUGAAGAAAUCCACAAAGAAGCAAGUGAGAAAAAGAAAUAGGAUAAAAAAUGAGUGUUAUAAUUCGCCUGCAAAAUUUGCCGUGGUCAGCAAAUGCCUUGGAUAUUCGAGGAUUUUUCCGAGGACUCUCGAUCCUCGAUGGAGGUGUUAACAUCGUUGGUGGUGAAAUGGGAGAUGCUUUUAUAGCCUUCAGCACCGAUGAGGAUGCACGCCAGGCAAUGAUGAUGGAUGGGGGGAAGAUUAAGGAGGUGGGUGUUCGUCUGUCUCUGUCAUCGCGGGCAGAGAUGCAGAAGGUGAUUGAGGUGGCACGUCAAUCGACUGCUGCUGCAUUUGGGCCAAUCACAGCUCCAGCUGCUGCUGCUCCAGCAGCAGCAGCAGCAGCAGUAGUGGUUCCGCCGGCAAUCACCACUGCAGCUGUUGCCAAUCCGGUGGUUGAGACACCGAUCGUGGUGACGGCUGCACCAACUCUAACGUCACCACUGUCGAAUCUGCUGACACAGCAGAUGCUGCAGCAGAAGAUAAGGCAGCAAGAGCAGGAGAAUCUGCAGCAGCAGCUGCUGGAGCAGCAAUUGCUGGAGCACAAGAAGCAAUUGCUGCAGCAGCAAUUGACGGGGAAGACGCUGCUUGUGGGAGAUUUGGCACAGCAAUUGACAUUUCAGCAGCUGCAGCAGAGGAUGCAGAUUGGACAGGAGCAAAAGCCCCAAAAUCAGCCAUUGCCAUCGCUGAUGCAGAAUCCAAUGAAGGAUCCCCGGAGGGGGAUGGAUCUGCCGGGGGAGAAACCACAGGAUAGGAUGAUGGAGAGGGAUAGAAGGGGGAGAGAUAGGAGGUCAAGGUCGAGAUCGAGGGAGAGGAGACGUUCGAGGUCCAGAGAUAGGGGAAGGAGGAGAGAUGGACGGGACGGAAGGGAGGGGAGAGAUGGAAGGGAGGGGAGAGAUAGAAGGGAGAGGAGUAGGUCCAGGGAGAGACGAGAUCGGGAGAGGGACCGCAGGAGGCGAGAGAGGGGAACGCGAUCAAGGGAGAGGAGUUACGAGCGUGAGAGGAACAGUAAGGAUCGCACUAGAGACGAUGGGAAGGAUCCGGGGAAAGCCAAUGCUCCAGUUUACACAGCAAACACGCAAAUUUGGGAUAUCCCACCCAAUAUUCCCAACGUUCCCAAUACAGCUCAAUUGUUGAGUAUCCAGCCGGUGCUGGAGCCAAAUACAGCGUCCCAGUCCAGUUUGAGUCCAGAGGAUCGAUCGAAUUUGAUGAAGCUGAAUGAGAAGAGGGAUUUGAGUGCUUUUCAGAGUGGAGGAUGGAAGGGUGGAAGAGGUUAUGGGAAUUAUCGGGAGAAUGAGGAAGAUUCAGAUAAUUCUUGCUGUGUCCGGAUGUCCGGAAUGGAUUUGACGACGGGAUAUGGAGAGAUAAGGAGAUUCUUUCAUGGUCUAUCGAUCAAUAUGAAUGGAAUAAAGAUGAUUAAUGAUAAGACAGGGAAGAGAACGGGGAUUGCUUUUAUUGAAUUUGUCAGGAGUGAUGCCCAAAGGAGUGCAGUUCAGCGCGAUGGGCAGUCAAUCAGAGGACACCAGGUGAGAGUUACAGCAGCUACCAAGGAGGAAUUUGACAGAGAAGUGGAUUCCUAUAGGCCGCCCAGGGGCAGUGAGAGAGCAAGGAAUUUCAGCAGUCAAGAAUAUCCGGGAAUGUUGGAGAGAUCAACUGAAUAUGACAAUAGUACAGCUUCAAGGUGUCUCAAAGUGACAAAUUUGCCAUCGCAUGCCACUCAGCAGGAUAUCAUAAAGAUGUAUUCGAAUUAUUCACUGGAUGAAAUUGUGAUGGUUCAGGAGAAUUCGAGAAUUUUGACGGCUUACGUGCGAUUCUUCCGGAUGGAUGAUGCAAAGUCAGCAUUGAAUCUUCCGGCGGGACUUUUUGUCUAUCGUGGACUGGAGGUUAGUGUCUGCGAUGAGGAUAAAUUCAACAAUAUGCUAGUUUACCAUGGUGGUGGAUGUCCGGGAAGGAAUAUCUUUUCGGAGAGGCGUUUGGACAGUUCCAAAGACACUUCGCAGGACAAUUCCCAGGAGAAUUCACAGGAUUAUUCGCAGGAGAAUGCAGAUUCACUGCCGAGUGCAGAUGACAAAGAGGAAAAUGCCAAUGAAUCGAUGGAGAGUGAUGUGCUCCAUGUGGCAGAAGAUGAGGAACCGGAGCAGGAUCAAGAGGAUGAACAGGAAGAGGAUGUUCAAGAGGUGUAUGAGAUAAAUGAUGAUGAAGUUGUUCCAGCAGAUGUAGAAGUGUCAAUGGAUGUUGUGUCCCAGGAGAGCAAUGAUGAAUGUCCUCCCGUGUUCAAGAAGCAAGAGGAUCCACGACUCCUCAAGACGACACUCAAUGAAAGUAUUCAAUCGACUUUCAAUCAGAGUUCUCUCGAUCCCCGGCUCAAUAGACAACCACCGCCGCCAUUGAUGGAAAUCCGUGAUCCCAGGCUCAAUCCCAAUCCGAUGGGCUUCAAGAAGACAGAUUGUGUGGUUAUGUCGAAUCUCGAGCCAAAAAUCACAGAUAGGGAUGUUGUGGAUUUUUUCUCGGAUGUCGGAUUGAUUCCAUUGAGGGUACAUAUUCUGCUGAACACAAUGGGUCAACCGUCGGGAGAUUGUUUUGUGGAAUUUACAACGCCGGAAGAUGCAGAAAAAGCCCUGACUAAGCAUAGGACACAUUUGGGACAGAAUGAAGUGACUGUUGAGGCAAUUGUCAGGGAGAAAGUUGAGGAAAUUCUCAAUUCUUUCGAUGAACCUUCUCCGGCUUUUGAAGUUGAUCCUCCGGAAGAGGUACAGCAGCAGCCGAUGAUGCCAACAAUGCCUCAGUUCCAGAUGCGAGGAGGAUUUGGAAGUGGAGGAAUGCAGCAGCAGCAGCAGCAGCAAUCGUCAAUGAUGAGAAUGCGAGGACCCUAUCCACCGCCCAGAGGUCCUCCAAUGGGCCCCAAUGGACCCAUGGGAUACACUCCGAGGCCUCCAUUUGGGAUGAGAAUGAAUGGAAAUGGAAUGAUGAUGAAUGCAGGAAGGGUGGUUAAUAUGGAAAAUCUCCCCUAUCGAGCGAACUACGAUGACAUCCUGGAAUUCUUUGGGGACUUCAAACUAACCCCGGCUGAUAUCAUGAGGCGGUUCAAUGACAAGGGACAAGCAACUGGAGAUGCCAGAGUGAGAUUUAUGAAUCCGGCAGAAGCAAUGAGAGCAGUAGAUACGCGAAAUCAAGCAAGGAUCAUGGGAAGGCCAAUCUAUCUAACCCUCCUGGACAAUUAACUUUGAACUGUUCCUCUCACAAAAAAAAAAUGAAAAAAAUUGUGUAGUCAGUGAUUUUCAGGAUGAGGGCUCCCGGAUUAUUUGUGUUUUAGCAAAAAGAGCGAUUUUUUCUUUGUAACAAUCAUAAAAAAAAACAAUUUUCUUGUAUUAAUAUUUCCGGAAAGAAGAUUGCCGGAAGAAAUUGA